AUGCUCCCUCACCUGGGGGACUUCAAAUGGUCAAACCUUUCCGAGCAACUUCUUAACUACCACAAAGAGGAUGCAUUUGAGAGCGUCAGUAUCUUUCUUGAUUACCCAAUCAUUACAAGCCACCUUAUCUUCAUCGCGCAGGUGAAACUCAAGCUCCUUCUAGACAUUCGCAUGUUAGAGCGUGAAGCCAAGAAACACGGUAGCCCCGCCAGUUACGAGACAAAGAUGGAGUGGCUGUGUAAACAUGCUGUCAGCGAUAUACUCUUUGGACGACAAGACAUUGUGGAACGGGAUGAUUGGAGUGACAUCAAGAAGUCCCUAGGUGCACAGUUCGCCCAGUUACAUGAGCGAAUUGAGAAACGCAACCCAAAAUACUGGCCUACCCUGAAGAACCCUGAUGCUUUGUUUACUGGGGUUCCCGGACAUAAUUUCGAGGCAGGCUCACCGGAAGAGCUCAUCGUCAUGUUUACGCUGACGUGUAAGUCGUGGUUUGAGUGCCCUCCUGUACUUAAAGCAGUCCGUAUGUUUACCGUUUUACACUCCGACCACUAG